CUCACGGCGUGUCUCAUAGAUCAUGGUAUUGGCACAUAAAAACUCUGGAUUAAAUUAAUCCACCUCUUCUUGACAUCCACCUGAAAAGAUAAAACUGUUUUCUGUUUUGCCUAAACUAGGCAACCUAAAAAAAAAAUUAUCUUCAAAUGAUAAAAAGCGGGUGGCAUAUUUCUACCCUGGGGUGACAGCUUCACCACUUUUGAUGCUUUAUUAUCUUCUUUUACAGUUUGCCCCGCCUCUUCAAAAUGGAGUCGAACUUCUCGAAAGCGCUAACGCGCACCUCGAUGUCACCUUGAAUUCCAGUCAGAAUGUGGGCUGUGCUCGUUUCAAGCUCCUUAGCCAUGCUUUGAUGUUCAAACCCGAGCACGUCAUCCGGGAACACAGUGACCUGAAAAACAUUGUGACGUGUACUGAUCUGUCUGUCAGGAUCACGCAGAACCAAGCCUGCAAAAACGUUUAUGCCACAGUCAACCGCACGCGUCGCCCAGGAAUGCAUAGCUGCACUAAGAAAAAUAUGUUCACUCAUUGCACCAACCUUUCUGUAGAACUGGAUAGCCAAGAAAUAGACACCAAGGAGCACGCUGAUGAAGUAUGUGGAUUCCGAGAGCAAAUGAACAAAGCGUCAAGUUUGUGUAGCGGCGUUGACCAGAAAGGGCUGGUAAAUGUUGCCUCCGGCCACGAAGUGCCAGAGAAGGAAAAAUGUCUAAAGCGACAUCUCGGCAAACGAUUGCAUGUCUGUCGCUUAUGUUUAAAGACGUUUGCUAACAACGACAGUCUUCAACGCCAUUUUCGUACUCAGUGCAAACACUCCCACAGUGAAGUUUCCCCCAAAGCGUUCCCUGAUGGCACAGGUCUCGCCGAACACGGUACAGCCCAAGUCUCGGCCAAUAGUGAAAUGUUCAUUUGCGAACAAUGUUCCAGGAGCUUCUCCAGCAAAGACAGUUUUGAUCGACACAUUCCGGAACAUGGAGUCAAGCAGACUAACAGCUGUCAUCUGUGCCCAGAAGAGUUUGAUGACGAGUUCGCUCUGCAGGGUCACAUUGACGCCCAUGUGUUAGCCUCCAAUGUGCAAUGUUCCAACAGUCGUGUCCUGAAGUGUGAGCCCGUUAAACAUUAUGGCGAUCUGUCCAAACCACGCUACAGCUGUCAUAUCUGCGCCGUAGAGUUUGCCGAUGAAGCCGUCCUUAUUGAGCAUGUAGAGAUUGCACAUUCCUGUGAAUUGCAGAGUGCGGACAAAAAACCGUCGAUGAGCGAGUAUUUCAAUGUCUCCCUUUACGACUGCGUCCUCUGCCCUGAAAGCUUUGAGGACUCAUCUGCCCUCACUGAGCACGUUCGGGUCGCACAUUCGUGUGAGCGGCAGAGCUUGGACAAGAAACCAUUAAUGGGCGAGAGUUUCAACAUCACUGCCAGGGCAACGGACGUCAAUGACUCCGGAUAUGAUUUGUCACUCGUGCGAGCCUAUGAUUGCAAACUUUGCCCCGAAAGCUUCGAGUAUGCAUCAAGCCUUGCGGAGCACGUCCAACACAACCACCCUUGCAUGAGCUGGUGCCCCGAUGAAGAAAAGGAGAAUGCGCAUUGUUGUGAAAGCACAUUUGUCAAGGUGGCGACUUGCCAUACCAAGAAGCCUCAGCUUGCUCGCCACGCGUGUCACCUUUGUCCCGAAGAGCUUGACGACGCCGCCAGUUUGCGACGGCACGUCUGCACAGCACACGGUGCCGUUACGGAGCAUUCAAGCACAAAAUCCCUUGGUCCGAGUAAACAAACCAACUCGAAGCGCCAUUCCUGCGAUCGGUGUUCUAAACGCUUUCGCUCGAAGGGCCACCUGACUCGGCACUUAAUCACACACACAUCGAAGAGGCCGUUUGAGUGUCAUCUCUGCCCGGGGACGUUCGCCCAGAAGAGUACCCUGCAGCGCCACGUGGACAGGCAUGUUGGCUACAAGCGGUUCGGCUGCCCACAGUGUGCCAAGCGGUUCGUCGUCAAGGCUGAAAUGCUGAUCCACUUGCGCACGCAUACGGGCGAACGGCCAUACAACUGCAAGCAAUGCUCGGCCAGGUUCUCUGCGCGCGACAACCUGAAGAAGCACAUGGCCAUUCACACAGGUGUUCGGCCUUUUGUCUGCGAGCAGUGUCCCAGGACAUUUGGCAGGUUUCAGGAUCUGAAACGUCACUCACGGAAGCAUACAGGGGAGCGGCCCUUCACCUGUGCAUUGUGCUCAAAGACGUUCACGCGUGGGAAUCUGCUCCGGGACCACGUCGAAGCUGCCCAUCAUUCUUGAACUCCUCUGUGCUGUUGCUGGGUGCUAUGCCGAGGUGGACUGACUGGAUGCCGCUUGUCCGAUAUCCUGAACGGGCCUACUUAGUAACUGGCAAAAUAAAGGGUCUUUCGGUAUCUUGACAAAAGAAAAAUAACUCUGUGCGCCGAAGUGCUUUGAUAUUUCAGCUAGAGUUGGCCGUCGUCAUCAGUUGACUCUGCACCUUUGCUAUCAUGGUGCUCUGUGGUAUUGUGACCAAGUAAUUUACCACCGCCGAAGGCAGACUGAAAAGAGCAAGAUGGUCUACCGUGCAGGGGCCCCGAGAACUGGGGGAGGGGGCAGCGUGGUCGAGGGCUCCCACAUGUUAAAUUUUAGAGGGUUCCCCCUCAUAUAGUAAUGCCUGGGUUUCAGUAUAAAAAGAAAAUUAUGUGCGGGCAAAAUUAGUGCUGGCUCCUGCCCUUCCUCUUCCCCAAUUUCGAAUACUCUUUCAAAGCCCCUGCUGCUGAGUUCUGUUUGUCUGUCUUUUUUAAUGCUAGUAAAUUGUGUAUCAACCCUAAUCUAGCCCAGUUCUCCCGUACUCUGCGAUUGGGCACCUGGCAAGUCUGCAUUUUAGCUAUAGAGAACUGCAUGUGAUGAAGCUAAAGGCUAACGCUAUGGCUGAAGCAGUAGCGUUGGCUAGGGCCGGAACUACGAAGCGUACUAUCUAGCGCAAUGCGAAGUUGUACAGCAGGCUUGCAGAACGGUCUUGCAGUUGUAUAGUUUCAGCAAGAUUCGUAUCACAAGGUGGGAGAAGAAUGACUAGUCGGGGGGCCAUUUCCAUGAAGUCAUCAGUGGUUCGCGGCAACUAAAAGGGAAUAAUCAUGGCAAUAAAUAAACUGUUCGAGGAGGAUUUUGAUUCUCUGUGCACUUCUACCACAGCCAUUAAGUGUCCUAAAUAGCAGUGUUAAUGUAUUAUUCGGAUAAAGGUUCUUUUUUUUUUCUAUUUGUCUAUGCAAUGUAAAACCAUGUUCUUGUAUGCAUAUUGACUGUGAUCAGUGUUCUAAGUAUUUGUCAUCUAUGAACGAAGUUUGUACUCCGCAACAGCCGUACUGCCAUGUAAUAAGGAGUCGGGACCUCUGUCAAGUCACUGCUGCGACAUUUAGUCCCGUCCCCACCUUUUUGACGAAGGAAAAUAAAAUGGAAUGAAUGAAUGGUUUUGGCCCAAUUUUUUAUCAUUACAAUAUGGUGCUACCAUAGCAGACCUGUGUAGCACUGCAUUGCUGUGUGCUUUCAAUUCAAAGUUUCAUAUACUUUGGAUCUCUGAAACACCUAGACUUGUUGAAAGACAAAGAGUAUGUGUGUAGGUUUAUUGUACAUGCUGAGAACGACUGCUACUAUACUGAUACCAAAGUAUGCCAAAUGCGAUUAUAAUUCUUAUACGAGCACAGAUAAGUGCUCGAGUCAAUAGUGCAUCUAAAGCCUCUAGAUGCAUAAAGAAGCUUGUACAAGUACUUUUGCCUACAACUCUCUAUAGUCAUUUCACCCAAGUGAUUCGACCUAAAUUCUGCUGCAUGACAUACUUUGAAGCAGCCGUUCGCAGAUUGCCAACUCGGCAGACAACCAUGGAAUGCACCUUGUAGUCUCAUUUCAGCAAGGGAUGACAGUUUGUGAAAGAAAAUUUUAGCAAUAUAAGUCAAGGUAGCCAAGCUACAGAUUCACAAUUGAAGGUAAGCGGUGAGGAAAGGAAAAAAAAUUAUUCUAAUAAAACUAGGGCCUCAGUUAAGGCCUCUUUGGUAGGCUCCUCCAGGUAUCCUGGCCCAGUACAUUCUCGAUGCUGUUAUGAUUGGCCUGGAAUUCAGCGUUACAAGUCUGGGCAAUGUUCGAGCCCGUUUUCCCUUGUUGAGCUAAUUGCCCUCCUUUACGAGAAAACGUCACCCCUAUGGCCCCUGCCACAUCCCGAGCUGAUCCAGGCAACAAAGCAAGCCACGAAAGGGAGGGGGCCAUUGAGUCCACAAAAUGUAAGAGGACCAAAACUCUGCGGCGAAUGCGCGGACAUUGGCACCUCCAUGCGUGCACCUACGGCCCCUUCCCGAGAUGGCUUUGACAACCACGAAACUUCGAGGGGUAAACAACCUGUUCUGUGGAGGCCGCCUUGCUUUC